CCUACUUAGCCAAACCAUCUCCGCCUACAUUCUUCCGGCAUCUGGGGCAAGGCUGCAUGUGACGUCAUGUUGCCUCGAUUUUCCUGCUCUUCGCCGCGACGGUAAAUAAGUUACAAAAGAAUGGGGUGACGAAACUUUAUGAGGCUUCUUCGUCGCCGUUUGGUCACUUGCACGAAUCGUUCUUAUACUGGUCUGUAGUCGGGCAACGAAAAGGUUAUUCCUAGCUGGUCGUGGGGAGGAGAAAUUUGAGAUUAGAAUGGCAGUAUUGCCUUCAACUAAGAAUGAAAUUCCAGGGAAAGAAACGAGGAGAUGUCAGGUUUUAUGAAAUUGUAUGCGCAUGCGCGACAUAUGCACGUGUUGUCGCCUCGCUUACUUCAUCUGCAAGCAACAACUGCCGCUCAGUGCAAGAGGUUACUUCAUGCAUGCUUGCUCUUUUCCAGACGAGCCUCCUCCACCGGAGUCAUUGCGAACGACUGGCUGUUUCGUCCGCUAGCAUCCGAUGUCGACAUCACUGUGCCAACCUACAUCAAAGAUCACGUCGCCUGCGAGCUCGAACGCUUCAGAGAGCAUCGCAAGCCGAAAACAACGAGUUCGGUCGUUCCAAGCGGAGUCCUCGUCCCACUAUGUGUUUGUAACGACCGCUUGUCGCUCUUGUACACGCGCCGCACCAGCAACGUGACGUCACACCGACGACAAGUAAGUUUUCCCGGCGGAAUGUACGAAGAGGGAGAUGUCGAUCUGGUACGAACGGCGCUGAGAGAGACGGAGGAGGAAAUCGGUAUCGACCGCUCGUCCAUCGACGUGUGGGGAAACAUGCCGCGAAUGAUGGCGAGCGGUCGCAAGUCGGCCGUGCCAGUCGUUGGCUUCGUUGGCAAUGUGACGCUAGACGAGUUGAAGACGAAUAGAGACGAGGUGGAGAGCGUGUUUGCCGUGUCUCUACUGAGACUGUCUGAUCCUCUGUUGAGAGUGACGACUAAGUUCAGACAAAGGUAUGAGAUGCCCGUAUUCCUUGGCGGGCAGUACAGAGUGUGGGGACUGACGGCAAUUAUCACUGACUACUUGUUGCAUGUACUAUGCGGUGCCGAAAUAGCAAGUCGGAAUAUUCAGAGUAUAUGUUGGGAUGACCGUCAGAAGUAAGCCCAAAUGGGUUGGACAUAAAGAAAUUUGUAUGAUUGGUGUGACACAUCAGAGUAUUAUCGAGUAAGAAAGCCUCAGUUAUUUAUUGAUAUCAAAACGUUGUCUCUGAUCUUGAGUAGCUGCUGAUCGGAUAUGUAUAGAACAAGCGACUUCAUGAAUCUUGGAAUGGCAGGAUAUCUUUCCCGUUACCUCAUUACAACUUGCACUCCUUAAUUUUCAGGGUUCUCUGCAGAAUUACGGAAAGCA